CACACUGCAAUAAUGAGUCGCCUGGAAAGUGAUGGUUUCUUUGCAGCGGACCUUGUUGUGCUGCUGCUGGUGUGUACGGGUCCACUGGUCCGGGGCUUCCCCUCGGGUCUGGUUACGGACAGCUGUGGAGACAUGCGACCCCGUCACUCUGGGGCUACCCCACAGACAGCACCGUCACCCUUCACUGUCACCACAGGCCAAAGGAGCUACAGCCUGGGAGAGGAUGUCAAAGUUGAGCUGCUGGGCCCGGCCUCCACGCCGUUCACUGGUUUCCUUUUAGAGGCUAGAGAGGUGGGAAGCCAGACUCCUGUGGGUUCCUUUGCCAUACCAGCAGGGGGUGCUCAAAUCCUCACCUGCAGCCAAAACCCUAACUCAGCUGUUUCCCACUCAUCAGGUUUUACAAGCAGCUACAUUCAGGUGACGUGGAGAUCAGAACCAUCGAGAGACAUGAAAUCUAUUCAGUUCCGUGCAUCCUUUGUGCAGAAUUUCAGGACAUUUUGGGUUGAUGUGAUGAGCCCCGUCCUGACCUUCAGUAAUGACAGUGCUGUUGGACCUGCAGGUGCCCUCAGUGCAUCCAGGUCCACUGGUACACCAACACACAACACUGCCAAUGGCAACAUACAGCCUGCACGAGUUGCUAGGUCAGCUAGAGCUGGAUCAGCUGGAUCCAUCUCUAGUGCUGACUGUGGAGUCACCAAGGUGUGCUUCAGUCAGCCUCCACGCUGUGACCCUGCCGUCGAUGCUAACUGUUACUUCAUGUCAGCCAUGAUGUUACCCGGUGGUGCUGCUGUCCACUAUGAGAUGUCUGGUCCUGUUGAAGGAUACGUCGCUUUUGGAUUCUCUGAUGAUCAGAACAUGGGAAAUGAUGAUAUUUAUAUUUGUGGCACAGAGAGUAACGGAGCAGUCAGAGUGCAGCACGCGUUUUCAUCAGGACGAAGCGCUCCACAAAUCCUCACUGCGGCGAACGUUUAUAAUAUUACUACAUCAAAUCAGAACAGUGUCAUCAGCUGCUCCUUCACUUCCACAAACACAAUUUCUACUCAAAGGACUUCUGGUUUCAACCAAACCUACUACCUGUUGUUUGCCCACGGAUCCAGCCGCAAUGGACAAAUCCAAUUCCAUUCGGGGACCUUCGUCAGCACUGACAAGAUCGACAUUUCUCACCCUGCAGUCAUUGGGAAAAAUGCAUUUCCUCCAAUCAUAAAAGCUCACGGAUCCCUGAUGCUGAUAGCCUGGAUGACCACAGGCUCGCUGGGAAUGAUGGUAGCCCGAUAUCUGAAAAAAAUGGCCAAGGGAGAGAAACUGUGCAACAAAGAUGUCUGGUUUGUGGUCCACGUUGGAGCAAUGAUUGUGACGGUCGUGGCCACGAGCAUUGCUUUCAUCCUCGUUUUCUCGUAUGCUCAGGACUGGGCUGGGGGGGCACAUCCAGUGUUGGGCUGCCUGGUUAUGAUCCUCUCAUUGAUCCAGCCUAUAGGGGCUAUGCUGCGCUGUGGACCACAACAUCACCUGAGGUAUCUGUUCAACUGGUCACAUUUUUUAAAUGCAGUGGUAAUAAAAGCUAUAGCUGUGGCAGCCAUAUUUACAGGCCUGGACUUGAUUGACAGCACUAAUGCAUGGCUGAUGAAAGUGAUGGGUGGCUUCCUUGGCUGGGAAGCUCUGUUUUACAUCAUGUUGGAGGUCCAUGACUGGAAAAUUAAGCAUACAGAGAGUACUCCUGCACAGCUGGAAUCAGCAUUGGUAAAAGGUGAUGGUCUGCUGAUCGCUCUGUUCUUUCUGGGAAACUUCUGCUUUUUGGUGGCACUUUUGGUUGGAAUUGGGAUGUCAUAAGAGCAGGAAAAGAAUGGUGUGAAGCAUUUACCUGAUGGGAGACUGCAGUGGGACUACUGACCCACUGAUGCAGCAGCCGCCAGAUCCUGGAAAGUUUUUCUCCUUCUUCAUUUUUUGCCGGAUGCUUUGGUUUGAUUGGUUCUUUUGCUUUUGGUUUCACAAGUGAAUAUAAGAUUAGUUAAGUAGAAUGGAUAUCACCAUUUAACCAAACCUCAUUAAAAUUGAUUGUCCAUUAUAUAGAGUAAUAAUGUCAUUUAAUUAGUUCUUGAUAUUGUGGUAUCCUAGCUUCUGUUAGUGUUGAGUUGUAUUUUAUAUUUGAUUGCUUGUGUUUUAGCUAACUCAUGCCAUCUCAUAUUCUCUCCCAUGUUGUUGAGUUUGUCUCAGUUCUCUUUCCCUGUUAUGUUGCUUCCUGUUUUAUGUUGACAGUCUCUUGUGCUUUGCAUUUAGUUUUACUUCCUCUGUUAUUGUCCUUGAUUAGUCUAAGAUGUGCCCUAAUACUCUUGUGUUUCCAGUCUCCCUGAUUAGCUCCUGUAUGGAUAUAUCGCCUUAGUUUGCCUGUGUCGGUGUGUGGGUUUCCCUGCCUCAUGUAUUUGCUUUGUUUGGGGAAAUUAGAUUACUAACUAAUUAAAGGUCAGGUUUUAAUUUUACCUCAAGCCUUGUACUGUACAUUAAGCAUUAAAAAAAUAGAUUCAUAUUCUAAUGUUCUGAACUGCCCUCACUGUGACGAAUCAUUACAUUGUUGCAAUAUGAUACUAUAUUCAUUGGGGAAAAAAGGACAUCGUAAGUUGUGAAUUACACAACUAAAUUAAAUAUAAGCUCAGAGCCUGGAAAUGUUUACUGUAGCUCAACUAUGAAAGGUGGAGGAGAGCACUCAAUCUGUCAGCCUAAGGUGAGAAACUCAGCUCUGAUUCUCCACCAUUCACAGGAUAGUGCCAAGAAUUUAAACUGCAAGUGAUGAUAUUGAACAAUAAAUAUAUUUUUAAUAAAAAUUAUGAGGAAACCUGGCAUUAGUUUAAAUUAAAAAUUACUAUGACUUUCACGGAUCCUGCUUCCUUGCUCUGUCUGGUACUCUGACCUUCCCACUAACCAAUCCUUGUGUUGUAGAGGCGGACCUUCUCCUCCUCAGCUGCCUGCACUGCAUGAAAAGUGGGUUUUUCGACAGUUUCUUGUAUGUAAUAUUGACGCGCGCCUUGAGUUUUAGGGCUCUCAGCA